AUGAAAAGUGAAUCCUAAUCAUAUGCAUCAUAUUCAAGGAAUCUCAACUAGGAUCCUUAAUAGUAGAGUUAUCAUUCAGCAACGUUCCAAACUCUGUAAACAUCGCAAAGAAAUUACGUCUUAGAACAGACACAGAAUAUCAAAGAUGAAGAAAAACGAUUAUUGCAAAAACGAAUUGAGGACUUAGAAUUCCAAUUGAAAAAUCUCUCACAAAAACCAAUCAUUUAUGAGUAGGAAAUCGCCAGGUCAACAAUCUAGAGGGAAGCAUUGCAAACUGAUUUUGGAAGUGCCAAUCAAACUAUUAGACAAUUGCAAUCCAAAAUCUCAGAUUUAGAAGUAUCCAGUCAAAUUCGAUUGUCUCAACAGAAUGAGGCUAGUAAACGAUAGAUCCUUGAUUUAGAGGACAGACUUCAAAAAUUAUAAAUCCAAUGUGAUUCUUAGGUCAUCCAAAUAAAUUAACUACAAAGAGACAAGGUGAGUUUGGCAUCUCAAUGUCAAGCCUUACAGGAUCAAAUCGGUAGUUCUAAAUUGAAUUACAAGCAGGAAAUAUCGGAAGGGGAAUUAAGAUACAGCAAGGAAAGCCAACGAUUAUCACUAGUUGUUAAUGAAAAAUAAGUCAAUAUCCAAUAAUGGGAGUAGAGAUAUCAAUAAUUGAGUGAUCAAUUUCAAAUCUUGCAGAGGAAAUACGAUCAAGACACUUCAUCGCUUAAAGUGUAAUGCAAUGAUGCUGAAGACAGAUAUCGAAGAUUGCAACAAUAAUUUGAUUAAUAAACCAUUUUAGUCAAUACAAUCAAUAUGGAGAAGUAGAACUUGUCAGUCUAAUUGGAUAAACUAUAAUCUGAAUCUAACACAAAAAUUUACAAUUAUCAAUCAACAAUCAAAACUAGUGAAUCUUAAAUCAUUAGGGAUUAAUAACAAUUUCAAGCCUAAUUAAACGAAAAAAUACAAUAGAUUAAUGAUUUGGAGAAGAAGAACAGACAACAAUUAGAUCAAUACUUCUCAUUGUAGUAAUAAUACGAUAAGGACACAUAGGCUUUGAAUUAUAGGGUUCAAGAUUUGGAAGAUAAAUUAACCAAAUUAUCGAGAUCAUUUGAUCAAUAGACUAAUGAACUUAAUUAGAUUUAUUCUGAUAAGGAAAGAGCAGAGAGAUAAUAUUUGAAGUUGUAGGAUGAAAUUAAUACUCAAAAACUGAGAUACAAUCAAGAAAUUAGUAAAACUGACGAAUUAUCUUCAAAAGAAAGAUCAUGGUUUUAAGUUUAAUUGAAUGAUAGACAACAAACCAUUACUGAACUAGAAUUGAAGGUAAAGCAGCUCAGCGAUCAAUUAUAAACAAUCCAAAGGAGAACUGAUAACGAGGUUUUGGUGUUUUAAAAAUAAAUUACAGAGUUGACUGACAGACUAAGAUCACAACAAGAAUAGUUGGAUCUUAGAAAUAAUCAAUAUAACUAGUUAAAUAAGGAGAAGUCUCUUGUUAUAAAUUAGUUUGAAUAAUUACAAUAAGAAUUUAAUGAUUACAAAAGAAUUUAUGAAAAUGAUGUGUCUAAAUUGAACAGAGACAAUCAAAGAAUUACAAGCAAUGUAAAUGAAAAAACAUAAUCUUAUAUCUAAUUGGAAGGAAGGUAUUAGUUGUUGAAUGAAGAAUUCUAAGCAUUGCAGGUUAGAUUUGAGAAGGAAACCAAUAAUUACACAAUGAGAAUGAAAGAAUUGGAAGAAGAUCUAUCUAUAAUGAUUGAAAAUUACAGACGAGAAUAGAGUAUUAAUAGAGAUUGGGAACAGUAAGUGAUUCGAUUGAAAUAGUAAAUCAAGUAUUCAGUCGAUGAGACUAGGAUAACUACUGAGAAGACUUUGAUUGAGAAAUAUGAGAAUCUGACUAGUGAAUAAAAAUAAGAAUUUGAUAUCAUAUUUAGUAAAUUAAAUUAAGAUAAAAAUGAAUUGAGAAUUUAAUUGAAUUAAAAAGCAGAUUAAAUCAGAGCAUUGGAAAAUCAAGUCACUUAAUUAAGUUUAUAGAGUACCAAAAAUCAAACAUUAAUUGCUGAAUUGGAGUCAGCCAAUCAAUCAUUGAAAUAUUAAGUCAAUGAAUAAGAAUAAAAAAUUAAGACUCUAAUCAUGUAAGAGUUUGAUUCCUUGAGAGAUAAAUCUGCCGAUUAGACAAUCAGGAAUUUAAUGGCUGAAAUCAAGGCACUACAAAAUAAACUAAAGAAAUAUGAGGUUUACAUGAAGAAUAUUGAUGAUCAAAAACUCUAAGAGUAACUUUAGAAUGAAUCUAAUCUUGGUAGGAGUAGCUACGUAAUUGAAUAAAGAGUCACUACUGGAAGUGUCAUUAAUUAAGGAAGCACUUCUUAACUUAAUAAUGGUAAGGUCUAAUAAUUAGAGAGUUCUCUAAUGAUUUCAUAGUAAAGAGAGAGGGAAUUACAGAAUCAAAUCAGUCAGUUGAGUUCUUAAUUAAAUCAAUAAGGAACUAAUUCUUAAAGAAACUCUUAGUUUAAUAAUUAGAACAAUGAUAAUGGAUUGAAUUAAUUAAAUGAAAAGAUCAGAAGUCAAGAGAGGGAAAUCGUCGAUUUAAGAUCUAAAAUCCAGAGUAUUUCAUAAACUCGAGCAGAUACUAGAUAGCAGUAUUCAUAGUAAGAGGAUAAGGAUAGAAGAAUCAUUGAAUUAGAGAAUAAGUGUGCUCUUUUGGCUAAUGAAAAUUCAAGAUUGAAUCUGAUGAGAAGCAAAGCAUAAUCUGGCCAAUAAAAUCAACCUUAUGUAUCUUAAAGCAAUAAUGGAUCAUAAAGAUAUUAUUGAUAAACUUUAUGAUUGCUAUAGGUUUAUUAAUAUAUUUAUACAUCAAAUAAA